GAAAACCUUCAGCUUACCUUACUGUGAUCACUACAUAGCCAAGAUUUCUCUGAGGAAACAAAACAGUCAGCAGAAAUGCCCCUGGAAGAGGAAAGUGGAGAUGAAGAUUUUCAUACUCAAACUACAUUUGUUGCCGUGACCAUGGGAGCAUUCAUGGCAAAUUCAAGUUUUAGCGACAUUGACGAGGAUGAAAAUCAGUUGGAGUUUGUAUUAAUGGUGUUGAUCCCACUGGUUUUAUUUGCGCUCCUAUUUUUAUCAGUGAUAAUCCUUAUAGUACGCUAUAAAAGAAAAAGGACCAAACAAGGGCCUUCUAGCCAAGGAUCUCAGAGUGCCGUACAGACAUGUGAACUGGGAAGUGAAAACAACAAAGUCCCCAUUUUUGAGGAAGACACGCCCUCUGUUAUGGAAAUCGAAAUGGAAGAGCUUGACAAGUGGAUGAACAGCAUGAAUAGAAAUGCGGACUGUGAAUGUUUACCUACUUUAAAGGAAGAAAAAGAAUCAAACCACAACCCAAGUGACAAUGAAUCCUGAAGCUGAAUGGUGCUAAUGUUUUCCAAGAGAAGCGGCCCGGGAGGGAGCCCGCCGAGCCUGCCAACAGAGGAUGAAGAGGAUGCGAAUUUAAUUAAUUUCAAAUCAACAUAGACACAAGAACCUUUUGCUGUUUCUUCCAACGCCCACUCUUCCUAAUGAUGGCAUCACCUGUCCUUGGAAGAAUGCACGAUUGAGAAGCACCAGGAAGAGGCUUGGCUGCCGUCCAGGGUGGCCUCUGAGAAAAGGAGGAGCCACGUGGUUUUCACCUCUCAUCAGGGCCACUUCCCUCCUCUGGGCCAACCUUUAUGCUGCCUGUAUUCAUUCUGGCCAGCUCUCUAGGUCUUUGUUAUCUUUCUGCUUCAUUCCUUGGAGUUUAAAUCAGGAAGCUGUUUCAUAUAUGGCUUCCUUCGGGGCCACCUUAUUACCUAAUUAGCUCUGGAUAAUUUCCUCUGAUUAGUCAAGUCCUCUGAUAGGUCAUCUGCAUUCGGCAGGAACUUUCCUCCAGGCGAGUUACAUCAUGGAAAAGACAGAAAACAAAGCGAGUGUUUCAUCCUACACGUCAUCCCAGGGGCUCGGUAAGCUCAUCUACCUGCCCAGGAGGUAUACUGAGAGAGUCCACCGGCCCAAGGAGAUGCUCUUUGGUGCCUUGUGGACUCUGAGUUGGCCAGACCCCUUGGGACCUUCUCGGAGGAACAGGAAUCUUCAAUGAGAGAGCAAAGUGAUUUCCUUCUCAGCUAAAAUCACCUGCUUGUUCACAUUUCCCAAAGCUCAUUCUUGCUCUCACCACACCUCCCUUACCCAUGGUAUGUGAAUAGGACAUGUGCACAGGGGGAUCGGCUGUCAACCUUCUAUGUUUCUGAGAUCUUUACAGUCAUUUGAAACAAACAGAAUAGGAAUAGGAAACACCUGCGUGUGUAGCAGAUUUCACUCAGUGCACUUUCCUGUCAAGCUGGGACAAGCCUUGCGUCCUUCUCAACGCAGCUCUCCAGGAGGCCACUAUCAGUCCAUCAGAGAGGACAUUCUCUGCCGUAUUUGGUGACACCCUUUACAAGAAGCAAUGGUGCAGAGUGCAGAAGGGCCUGCUUAUCAUUCCCAUUCACGUAAAAUCAAUCCUCAUUUCAUCCUGAAUUUUCUACUCCCGACCUUUAAAGCAAUCUAGUACAUUGGGAGUCCUCAGGUCUUCUACAACGGCUGAUAUUUUAUUCCAGGAAAGAAGUAAAUAAUGAAAACUUUAUUUAUUUUCCUCUCUACAUAUAAACUGAGGGGAGAUGAGAUUCACCAAACAUUUGCUGCUGAAUUUGGGGUCUUGAAAGGCUGCCUUAAUAUGUAACAAAAACUGCCCUUCUCCUCCCUUUUGGAUCCUUCUGGCAUACUCGCCUUCUGAACUGUGCCCACAGUUUUAAAGGUGGAGUUCCAAAGCCAGGGAGAUCUUUCCACACAAUGAAAGAAAACUAUCUGGUUGUGUUUAACCACUGCUGUCCUGCUAUCCUGAGACCUCAUAGAGCUUUGGUAAAAGAGUGUUCGUGGUAUAUAAUUGCAACAGAUUUGUCUGUCAUAGUCUCCUUAGCACAUCCUAAUAUGACAUUUUUGUUUUCACUUCUGUUCUGCACAUUCAUAUUCCACUUGUGGUCCACAGUGACUCCCAGAUAUUUAUGCCAAAAUUGCCAUUUUCUGAAUCAUCUUUUCUGCCUGUUUUGUUACUUUGUUUCUUCUCAACAUUUUGACUCUCAGGAGAGUCUCAGAUUGCUUCUUUCUCUCCCCAGGUAUCCAAGAUUUUUGGUGAAUACUGAGGCUUGUAAAUUUUAUCCAAGACUAUCAAAUACUGUGACUUUAGAAGUUUAGAGACCUAGAAGGGGUCUUGGAAUCUUAUUUUGAUGAAACAAUAUUUUAUGAUACGAUAAAAAUAUUCUCAUUCAGUAUUUAAAAUCAUGUCAAAUUCCAGAAGAAGCAAGUUUCAGCAGCAUGUCAUUCAAUUUAUGUCUGAAAAAUGUACUAACCUCUAUAACUGCACAGUAUAGAAAGCAUUUUUUUAAAGGUAGUUUUUUCUGGCAAGAUAUAUGAACCAAAGCAGUGAAGGGUCAAUCCUAGCACCCUAUAUCUUGUAUUACUGUUCAGUCAAUAGGUAUCAUAUAUUUAUGAUAAUUUUAAGACUUGCUUUUAAACUAAAAGUUAAUUUUAUGUUUCAGAUUAUUGUUUGUAAACAUCUAACUAAUUUUCUCUUAAUUGGGUAGCCAAUCAGAACAAAAUCUGACUUCAGAAUAUUUUAAAGAUAUGUAAGUGUCACUGCAUUUUUUGUACAUUUUAAGCAAACCAGGUUAACAAUAUUGUUGAGUCAAACUUCUCAGGAAACUUGUUUUAAUAAAUAUGUAAGAAUAUCAACCUGUUACUCUUAACUCAGUAAUGUGACUCCUCCUUCCGGGGAGCUCACUGGUAUCCAAACACAGGAAUACAGCAUGGAUCAAACUUCAUAUCCAUGGUGGAGGGUGGGGGGAGGCAAAUGCCUCUAACAAUGUAAAUGGAUGCUUUAAAAAUACUUUUGUCUAUUUUUAAAUUUUGGUUGUUUAAAAUAUCAAUUCGCACCAUCUCUGGAAGGAGGCCCCUAUCAUGAGUAAACAGAAAAUAUAGACUUUAGUUUCAAUUUCUGUCAGAAUUCAUACGAGUUCUGAAUGUACUGGAGUGAUAAGACACAGUUACAUAUUAGGAAGACACUGCUGAAAUUCCCAUUGUGGGGAAAACGUUGAAACUUUAUGCUAAAUUUACCCAUGCUAUGUUUUUACACUCAGAAGAUACUCAGGAUGAAUCCUGGGGUUCCACUUAAUAGGUUCAACAGGAAGGCCAGAGUAGCUUCACUCAUAGAUUACAUUUCUUCAAUCUUAAAGUAACCAGGGGAGUCACUAUGUAAUAGUGUGGACUGGAAUUAGUCAAAGUGGUUAUUAAUUAUUAUAAUCCAAACAAUGAAUUGCCUAAAUUUGUUUGUUUGUCUGAGCAGCUCUUUGAUAUUACCUUGGAACUCUCCCAUCUGAUACCAAAAUUUUAUUUUCCUCUUAGUCCUUUUGGGGGUGGCUAUUUGUAGAUACGCAGUGGGGUUUUUUGGUUUCUUUUGGGUUUUGCCCUAUUACCUUUUCUAAAAAACAUGUCAUAUUCACAGAAUAGUGAUCCAUACAGUUAUAUAAAAUAAAACUUUUUAAAAUCGAUUCUAUAGAUACUCUAAGCUCUUUUUGAAAUAUUUUAAGAAGUUAAAUUUCUAAACCAAAGUACAUCCAGUAACAUGAAGACUUUAAUUUCAGUGCUGUACAAGUUUAGAAAUACAACACUGAACUGUUUAAGGCAACCAAAGGUGAAUGGAUUCUCUUCAGUUGGACUUCAGGUGUAGAGGGCUCAGGUAAUCAUGUUCCUCACUUCCCAUCACAGUAUCAUCUCUGGCCUUUGGUACUUUAUAAAUAAGUAAUUGGACCUUUUACAAAAAGCAUAUUCUUCACAUUUUUCACUUCUUUGGUCUGCAUGGCAAGAAUUAAAUGAAUGAUACAUAGAAACUACAAAUAGUAAGCAACAUUUUUUUCAGUGUAAAUAUCAGUGGUGAGUAAUCACCAUAUUACUCUGACUUAGGUGAAACCCCUGAAAUUGUAAAUAACAUCAAGAACUUAGGGAAACUCUUUGUGUUUAAUAAAUGUCAGCUUUCAGAAAGAGCAGAUAAUGUGGUUUGCCAACAAGUUAAAAAAAUAAUCUGGUAGGUCGUUAGUAAUUUAGCAUGUAUGCAUCUUGUUUUUAAAGUUAAGUGAAAAUAAUGUAAAAAACUACUUUAUUAGAUGCUCUCAUUUUUCAAGCAGUGUGAAGUAUUUCCUCAGAAGGUCAGUAAGAUCAUCAGAUGUUGUAGAAAUUCUACCUUCCAAUGUAGAAAUUCUACCUUGGAAGCCUCAUGUGAGAAAGGGCCCCAUCACUACUAAUUAAGAACUGAUUUGCAGAACUACUCAAGUUGUUUUUUUUGUUUUUCUUUUCGUUUUCAGAGAGGAAGGGGAGAG